UGAGAUGGCUCGGAGCUGUGCCCGUCCUCGGUGAUGAUCGAUAGACGGAUGCAGGUAGCUUUCCUCCCCUACACACGCAGCAUCACCACGCAUCCCUUUACUCCGCUGUGCAGCUUUCCUCCCCAUCAGCGCACAUACGCACACGGGGCUCCUGCCUAUUGAUCUCUGAACAUCUGGAGCAGCUCAUAUUUGUUUUACAAGGCAGUCAGUGGCCGCAAAAGGAGGAGUGAGACAGCAACAGCGGCGGCGGCGGCGGCAGCAGCAGCAGCAGCAAUAGCAGCAGCAGGACGGAGCACUUGACACCUUUCUUCACGGCAUCGAUAUGCAGUAGCGUGAUACCAGCUCUGCGGAGACGGAGAAGGCCAGUCCAUGGCAUCUUGAUAUUAAAAACGUGGGCUCUGCGCAUUCCCAACCGACAGCACAGUCUUGUUUUUUUGUUUCUUUGCUCUUUUUUCCCUCCCCUACCUCUCGUUCUGUAGAAUCGGAAGGAUUAACUUGGCCAAGAUAAAAGGCGGCAAGUGAAGAAACGCUAAUAAUUCAGCUUGACCAGAUUCCGUUCUGUCGUGGGGGAUUCGUGGGAUAUAUUCACUGGCCCCGCGAUGGACUCCAGCGCGGGGAAAUAUGGCAUGGCUCGUUUUGGAUUGUUUGUGCUUUUGAUGGAGCUGUGGAGAUCCGGCGAUGCCUAUUGCCCCGAAUCUUGCACUUGCAGCAUCUCACGGAUUGUUUGUAACGACCCCGAACCGGGGAUCGAGGAUUUCCCUGUCCUUACGUUAGAUGACAUGGAAAACAUCACCGAGAUACACAUUGCCAAUCAAAACAGAUUGAUUAACAUAAGUGACAGCAGUUUGAGGCACUACAUAAACCUCAGAAAUCUAACGGUGACAAGGACAAGAUUAACAUAUAUAUCCAAGGAUGCAUUUUAUAACAACACAAGACUUCAAUAUGUAAAUCUCAGAGAUAACAACCUCUCCAUGCUGUCAUGGAGAACAUUUCAGAACUUCAACAGUACAUUUCCGCUUCUUCUAUCUGGAAACCCUCUGGAUUGUGUGUGUGAAAACUUGUGGAUCAAACUAAGACUCCAAGAAGACAUAGACGGUCCAGAGCUGACAUGUACUGAUGAAAGGGGAGAGACAAGGGACUUUGCCACACUCACUCCUCCAGACUGUGUGGUUCCCAAAGUAGAGUUGAGCCCCAAAAAUGUGACUGUAAGGGAAGGGCGUGAUGUCAAAGUCGUGUGCAGUGCCUCAGGCUCCCCUGUUCCUGACAUCCUGUGGACCCUCGAUAUGCUCUCAACCCACUAUGAGAUUGACCCUUUGGAAACAAAAAGCACCCUCAUCUUGUCAGGCCUGUCUCCUGAUGAUAACGGCAGGGUGAUCGUAUGCAGCGCCGAGAACAUAGUCGGUCAGAUUGAAGCCACGCUUCAGCUCAAUAUUCUCUUUCCCCCUAGAAUCGAGCAGCUGUUGGCUCCAGAACAGGCCCACCAGUGGUGCAUCCCAUUCACUGUGACGGGGAACCCCAAACCCAAGCUGUUGUGGUAUCAUAAUAAAGUUCUUCUCCAGGAGCAAGACUUCAUCCGCACCAUGAUCCACGAGUCCACUGAGAACGAGGACCACGGCUGCCUGCAGCUCGCCAAUCCCACUCACAUCCACAACGGCGAAUACAAGCUUGUGGCAAGGAACGAGUAUGGUCGGGAUGAAAAGACAGUCACCGCCCAGUUCCUUUAUCCGCCAAACAUUACAGAAAACCCAGAUUAUGAUGAUCACAUAUAUACUUAUCCAGAUCCACCGCCUCUGGACGACAGUGUUGCAGUAUAUGUCGUUGUGGGAAUUGCCGGUGUUGCCCUGACUGGCUGCGUCCUCAUGGUCAUCAUUUUGAAAUAUGGAAGAAACUCAAACUUUGGUAUUAAAGGCUCCUCCUCGGUAAUCAGCAACGACGAUGACUCUGCCAGCCCUCUUCAUCACGUCUCCAAUGGCAACAACACCCCGUCGUCCUCAGAGAUGGGUCCAGAUGCAGUGAUCAUUGGGAUGACAAAGAUUCCUGUCAUUGAGAACCCGCAGUACUUCCGCAACUCCGGCAGCAUGCUGAAAGCUGACACGUUUGUGCAGCACAUCAAGAGGCACAAUAUUGUGCUGAAGCGGGAGCUGGGAGAAGGAGCCUUCGGGAAAGUCUUUCUAGCCGAGUGCUAUAACCUGGUGCCAGACCAUGAGAAGAUCCAUGUGGCCGUCAAGACUCUGAAGGAGGCCACUGAAAGCGCUCGCGCAGACUUCUACAGAGAGGCAGAGCUUCUCACCAACCUGCAACACGAGCACAUCGUCACCUUCUACGGAGUGUGUGUGGAGAGCGACCCGCUCAUCAUGGUUUUUGAGUACAUGAAGCACGGAGACCUGAACAAGUUCCUCAGGUCCCACGGUCCUGAUGCAGUUCUCAUGGCAGACGGUCAGCACAGUAUCUUGGUGGAGCUCACCCAGUCUCAGAUGCUGCACAUUGCCCAACAGAUUGCUGCUGGCAUGGUCUACCUGGCCUCCCAACAUUUUGUCCACAGAGACUUGGCAACAAGAAACUGCCUGGUAGGGGAAAACCUGCUGGUCAAGAUAGGAGACUUUGGCAUGUCGAGAGAUGUUUACAGCACAGACUACUAUAGGGUGGGCGGUCACACGAUGCUGCCGAUCCGCUGGAUGCCCCCAGAGAGCAUCAUGUAUCGGAGGUUCACCACAGAGAGUGACGUGUGGAGUCUAGGUGUGGUGCUGUGGGAGAUCUUCACCUACGGCAAGCAGCCCUGGUACCAACUCUCCAACAAUGAGGUGAUUGAGUGCAUCACGCAAGGCCGAGUCUUGCAGCGGCCCCGUACCUGUCCUAAGGAGGUAUACGACCUGAUGCUGGGCUGCUGGCAGAGGGAGCCCUACAUGAGGCUCAACAUCAAGGAAAUCCACAGCAUGCUCCAGAGCUUGGCCAAGGCCUCCCCCGUCUACCUGGAUAUAUUGGGCUGAUCCACCAGCGCUGGUGUAUGCAGUUUGUGUGCAUGUGUGCUUCGUAUGCGGACGGGUUUUUGGGGAGCAUGUUGGGAGGCAGAGAGGACGUUGGAAGUGAAGGUAGCGUGACUACGUCUAUGUACAGAAUCUGGUUGUAAAUGUGACUGUAAAGUGCAAACUGUCCGUGUCCUCAUCCCACAAAGAGAAGCCUUAACGUUUAGGUUUUGCUUUUGUUUUCUUAUUAGUUUGCAGAAUCUCCUUGGGUUGUUUCAUAGAAUGAAAGGAUUAUGUGAUUUUACUUAAAAUAAUGGUCUAAAAAAACGAAACAAAACAAAUCCAAAAUGAGGAGAGAGGUCAUUCUGCAUCAUGUGAAUCCAUCGCCACAAUGUUUUUCAUACUUACUAAGCAGGGGGGAGGAUCAAAAAGCAAGAAGCACUCAUUGACUGAGAAUAUUUGGAUCUAUGUAGAUAAAGCUUUUUAAGUCCAGUUGAUUUAAAUCUGGUAUUUAAGUCAUGCACAUGUAAAAACAUUUUACAGACAAGUACAAAAAACAAAACAAGAAAACAUCAUUUCAAAAUUGUGAAAUAAAAGGGAAUAUAUUUUACAUCCUGAAUUAAAAAUGACAUAUUUUGUGAAUAUCUGUUCAUAUUUUACUCUAAUUAAAAAAAAUAAAUCUCUCUCUCUAUAUAUAUAUAUAUAAAAUACACUGGUGGGAAACAGUUGUUCAGGCUAGGUUUUAAUCAGCUGGGCUAUCUGAAGCACAGAGUGUUAACUCGGGAGCAUUGGUUGUUUUUGUUUUCCAUUUGUCUGUCAUUCACCUGCAGUGCCAUUGAGUAAAAUGACAAAAUCUUUAUUUUGUGGCUCAUCUCUGAAUGACGUUUCAGAGCCAGAUUUCAAACCUUAUUGGCUCUUACAGGACGGAUUGGAGUGAGGCAAUGGGCCGAGAGGGUUUUCUUUGAUGCUGCUGAAAGACAUUUAAGGUUUUCGGCAUUUUCAGAAGUAUUAAAGUCUUCGCUUUGCAUCAACUUGUUUUGAUUUUCUUAUCUUUAGUUUUAUAUCCAGUGCAUCCAAUUAUGUUUUUUACCCCUUGAUUUUUCUUUUCACAUUUUGAACUGUUGCAACAAACGUUAAUGCAUGCUAUCAGCAUUUUUAUUAGAUAAACCGCUGCCUGCAAGGUACUGCAUAGUUAUGAAGUGGAAGGGAAACAAAUGUGUGUUUUAAAAUUUUUAUUUCAAAUAAAAGUAAAAAAAAAAACAAAGAAAUGCAAUGCACAUCUUCACUAUUGAAACUUUACAUGCGAAACAAUUUAUUUCCGGGAAACUGCACACCAUCUUCACGGUGAGACGUGGUGGUGGCAGUGUCAUGCUGAGGGAUUGCUUUUUUUUUUUUUCCAACUGACAAAAGCGAGCUGAUGGUUCAUCCUGAAAGAAGAUCCGUAUAAAUAAAUAAGUGUGAAUAUAAAGCCGGAGGUACUAUGGAAUGACUUAGAUCAAAGCCUAAUUUAAUUUAAAAAAUUAUAAUAGAUAUUGACGAAUGAUAGUUUUCCUGUGAAAAGAUUCUUCCACCUGUAUUGUGGAUGCUGAUGCUCCUCCAGAGCAUCUUUUCUGAUUUAUAGCUGGGUCAUAUGUUAAAAGCUUAGGAGUCUGAUUUUUUUUUUAUUUUAUUAAAUAUGCUGCUUUUAACUAGCUUACAGCUUUAACUCUGACCUGUCCAAUGUGUUCGUUGGCCUUCACGAUUCUGUUUAACAACAGCUGGAUUUGUGCUGAGGGUAAAUUACGCAACAAUCGGGUCUUUUUACAAAUUAGUUGAGCACCGAAGAGAAUUGGUUGCAUGAGAUUUUAUUUGGAUGCUUUCGAGCAAAUUUGUGCCACACUUUUUAGAUUUGUAAAAAUCUAAAAAUAUCACAUCUCUUCCACCUUUACAGUUAUGCCCUACUUUGUGUUGGUCUGUCACAUAGAAUACGAUCUACUACUAUCUACUAUCUAUUCUUUGAAGUCUGCUGCAGGCCCAAGGGGUGUGAAAUAAAAUGCUGCCGAAUCACAGCGGAAAGAGUAAAUUAGCAGCUGACUGGGCUUAAUGUAACGCUAGGGUGCUGUCAUCUACACUUGUCAUCAAACUAACCAUUACAUGUUUUUGUUUUUAUUUAUUUGUUUAAAAAAAUAUAUAUAUAUUUAAAUGAGUCAGACAAUAAGUUUUGUUUGUCAGGUGCAGUUUGUAGCAUUUUUGUAACCCUCCCACGCCGCCACCGCCCCAAAAUGCACAACCUAAGCAGCCACCCUCUAGUCUACCACUGAACACCUUUUGUCUGGACCGCAGCUGUAGUCUUCAGCCUGGCUGAGCUGAAAGAAAGUGUAAACCUGAGAAAAAGUAAGCAUUUUUAUUUUUUUUUCUGUCCGUCUCACUUAUGUUUUGGGUUUUUUUUUUUAUACACUGUCCUGUAUAAUAGUCCUGUGUGGGCUGUAUAUAAACUGCUGUCCAUCCUGUACAGUUCUGAUAACUGUCUAUAUGAAUAGUAGGCUACGUUUAAUAGUAUAAUCUGUCCCAAGCAGGUACGUCAGAAACUGUGUGACACCUAUUGAAGACAAUGUGUUAUGGGCCACUGGCAAUACAUACUAAAUGUAAAUAAUGAUUUUAUUUGUGCGCCGUCGUACGAUUUCCUCGUGCUCGUUCAUAAUACCAGUGAGAAUACAAUCCUCCUCCCUUUUUGCGACUCUUGAUCUGCAGAGGACGUUGUUUGAACAAUGUGUUUUAUUUUUCUCUCUGAAAAAGAAGAAGAAGAAGAAAAAAAUACGAUUUCCUCUUUUCCUCUCCACUGUGAUGGGGAGCUCAUACAGAGGCUAUCUGGGAGGCCACCUGUCUGCAGGAGGAGCACAGACUCUACACACACCCAGAUUUCUCCUCUCCAGCAGGCGUCCCAGUCGCUACGUGGCCGACGGAGGCGGGUGGGGGUCUGAAGAGCCCCUUCUGCCCGACCCCCGACACUCGGACCACCUCUGACUGACUGUAGCCUAAUUUGAUCCUCUUUCAGAUGAAUAACUGUGACUUUGCAUCAUGAAUAGUAUAUUAUUUUGAAUGUAAUCUAGAAGGGUGGGGAUCUUUUUUGAAUGUAAUCUAUCUUAGGGGUGGUGUCAAUGAUUUUUUUUUUGUAAAUAUAUGGUAAAAGAAGAAAAAAAAGACGACAACGAUGACAAAUUUUACUAAUGAAUACGGUGAGCGUGUGUUCAUGUUUGUUGGGGUGAUUGUGUGUAUAUUUGCACAUAAAACUGAAUGCAUGUGUGAAGGCGUGUGUGGGCGUGUGUGUGUGUGUGGGGGGGGGGGACGUGUGUGUGUGGUGCGCUUCUGGCAGAUUUGAUCCUGCUUUAAUCAGCCAGUUCUAUCAAUCAAUUCAAUGCUUUGUGCAUCAUGUGAGUAGCUUAUCCACAAUUACUGGAAAUGUUUCUUGUGAUACUGUGCAUUUAAUAAAGGGUGGUAUGUCUUA